AUGGCACACAACCAUUCACACGAUGGUGGCCCAUCCCACUCCCACGACCAAGCCGCCGCAGACCACGGACACACGCACGAGAUCCUCGAUGGGCCGGGGAGUUAUAUGGGACGCGAACCACCGAUUAUCGAGGGCCGGAAUUGGUCUGAACGCGCUUUUACGGUGGGCAUUGGAGGACCUGUUGGAUCUGGAAAGACGGCUUUGAUGUUGGCGCUUUGUCUGGCACUGCGAGAGAAAUAUUCGAUCGCGGCUGUUACCAACGACAUUUUCACCCGCGAAGAUGCAGAAUUCCUGACAAAACACAAAGCACUUCCCGCGCCUCGAAUCCGCGCGAUAGAGACAGGAGGAUGUCCUCACGCUGCUGUCCGAGAAGACAUUUCCGCCAACCUCGCUGCCCUAGAAGAUUUACAUAGGGAAUUCACGUCAGAUAUCCUGCUUAUCGAGUCUGGCGGUGAUAAUCUGGCGGCGAAUUAUAGUCGCGAGUUGGCGGAUUAUAUUAUCUAUGUUAUUGAUGUUAGUGGUGGGGAUAAGAUCCCGAGAAAGGGAGGGCCGGGUAUCACGCAGAGUGAUUUGUUGGUGGUUAAUAAGACGGAUUUGGCGGAGGCUGUGGGUGCGGAUUUGGAUGUUAUGGAUCGGGAUGCGAGGAAGAUGAGGGAGGGUGGUCCGACUGUGUUUGCGCAGGUGAAGAAGGGGGUUGCGGUUGAUCAUAUUGUGGGGUUGAUCGAGAGUGCUUGGAGGGGUAGUGGUGCUGGUGAUGUUAGUAAGGAGAGAGGUGGUCCUAAGGCAACUGAGGGUUUGGAAGAGUUAAAGUAG